UGCAACCCUCCCCGCCCCUGGGGCGGGUACAGGAUUUUGCCGUGGCUGUGUAAAAGAUGGGACGGCGCAGUGUGGGUGGAAGUUUCCACGAUAGACCACGAAUCUCGCCGUUCUCAGGCCACCGAGCGCUUAACCACGGAACGCAGUUGCAGCGGGUUCGGUUUUCCCGCAGGAGCCCGAGUCCACACCCAGCCUUCCUUACUGCGCAGGCGCGCUGCCACUCACCCGGCAUGGAAGUGGUGGGUCUCUUGUGUGUGGCGGUGGCUGUCCUGACAUGGGGCUUCCUCCGGGUUCGGGACUUGGCGGAACGAAUGAGGUCUCCGGAGCAGGCGGGCCUGCCGGGAGCCGGAAGCCGGGCCCUUCUGGUGAUCGCGCACCCGGACGAUGAAGCCAUGUUCUUUGCUCCCACGGUGCUAGGCUUGGCCCGCCUGGAGCAGCCGGUGUUCUUGCUCUGCUUCUCCACAGGAAAUUACUACAAUCAAGGAGAGAUUCGAAAGAAAGAACUUUUGCAGAGCUGUGAUGUUUUGGGGAUUCCACCCCCAAAUGUAACGAUUAUCGACAACAGUGAGUUUCCAGAUGACCCCAGAGUACAGUGGGACACAGAGCGUGUGGCCAGCACCCUCCUCCAACACAUAAAGGUCAAUGACAUCAACCUGGUGGUGACUUUUGAUGCAGAAGGAGUCACUGGUCACAACAAUCAUAUUGCGUUGUACAAAGCGGUGAGGGCCCUGCACUCAGAAGGGAAGCUGCCUAAAGGGUGUUCUGUCCUCACUCUGCAGUCUGUGAAUGUGCUGCGGAAAUAUCUCUACUUCCUGGAUCUGCCCUGGUCUCUACUGUCACCCCAGGAUGUCUUCUUCAUGCUCACCAGCCAAGAAGUGGCACGGGCCAAGAAGGCCAUGUCCUGCCACCACAGUCAGCUCCUCUGGUUCCGCCGCCUCUACAUCAUCUUCUCCAGAUACAUGAGAAUCAACUCACUGCAGUUUCUCUGAAGCCAACAAGAGUUUUCAGAACAAAGGGAGAAACAAAUCAAGAAGUCCUUGGGCCUGGCUUUGGGCUGACUUGUCUCCUUAGCCCAGGAGAUCCCAGCAAAGCAGCCUCUGAGAACAAACCAUGUGGACAGCACGUCACACAGACCCAGCUUCCUCCUUAGGGAGGAAACCACCAAGACUCCAGACUGCACCAACAAAAUAAUAGCUACCCCGCCAGUUUACCAAAUCUUGUAAAAAAAAAAAAAAAGUUGGCACGAUAACAGAG